AUGAGCACAAAACCAGCGCAUCAAGUCGUCAAGGGACGACGGGCGACGCUCAGCGACGUAGACGCCAGUCAAGCACACUAUAUCGCGACUAAAACAACCGACGAAAACGUCUAUCUCUUUGUGCCAAAUCUCAUUGGAUACGCGCGUGUCAUCUUGGCAGCGCUAGCGCUCUACUAUAUGCCAUUCCACCCACGCUACUGCACCUUGCUAUACGGUGCCUCUACUCUUUUGGAUGCUGCUGAUGGCUAUGCUGCGCGGACCCUCAAGCAGGCCAGCCAGUUUGGUGCCGUACUCGACAUGAUCGUAGACAGGCAAGACUUAUGUACGACGAGCUGUCUGCUAUGUUAUCUUGCCUCUGCCUAUCCAAACUAUGCCUUGCUCUUCCAGGCACUAAUAAGCCUCGACUUUUCGAGCCAUUACAUGCACAUGGUCAGCACGCUGACAACUGGAUCUCGUCAUCACAAAGAAAUUAAAGAGGACGUGAGCCGCAUCCUCCGCUGGUACUAUAAAAAGCCCGUCCUCUUCACCAUGUGCGCAGGCAAUGAGCUCUUCUUUGUCGCCCUCUACCUCGUCAAAUGGGACAAGACUCCCCUCUACACCCUCUUGCCAUAUUCGCUGACGACUUCACCAUUCUUCAUCGAAUAUGUGCCAAGGUGGAUGGUUCACGCUACGUUCGCUCAAACUCUUGCUACCGUCACUCUCCCCAUUUGCGUUGGGAAAAACAUUGUCAACGUCGUUCAGGCUUGGAAGGCGAGCAAGGUUCUUGUCGGCGUCGACCUGAGAGAGCGAGCUUUGGCACAAUCCAAGUCUAGCUGA